AAAGCCAUGGAUUUGAGUUCUAAGAAGGGAAUCCAGAGGUAGAAAGCCACCUCGCCACCGGAAGAUCUGCUUCCAUAAGAAGUUACCAUCCAUAUUCUAUCGAGAUUAACCAUGGAUGCAGAAGAGGAAAGAGAGAAGAAAAGAGUCAAACUUUUAGAUGAUCCUUCCAACAGAGCGAUGGUCCAGAGAGAUCUUCAUGAUCUUCCACUGGAUAUGCUGCUCGAAAUCCUAUCAAGACUCCCGAUCGUCUCUCUGAUCCACUUCAAGACCACUUCCCAUGGCGGCUAUGAUUUAAUCGCCGAUCCAGGACUCCCUCUGAUGUUCCGCAACCGGGUAAACGACUCAAACCCAUGUCUGAUUCUGUACAACGGCAAUUUUGUUGCCUCCGGUCCCUGGCAACUCUAUUUUGUGGAUAGUGAGGGUUGUAGUCGAAGGGUUAGGAAAAUCGACCCACCACAUCAUUCAGAAGUUGAUAAUCUGGUGGGUUCUUGUCACGGGCUGUUAUGCUUAUCCUUAAUCGAUGGUUCAUCGGCGUCUCACAGUCUGCUAAUUUACAAUCCUUUUGUUGGAGACGCUGUGAGAGUCCCACCAGCGAAUCCAUUUCCUAAUCAAAUUGAAGUUUUUGGAUUUGGGUUUCAUCCGAGGACAGGAGAGUUCAAAGUGAUCAGGAUUUUGUGGUACAAGAAGAUCUUGACAUUCGUAGAUCCGGCGCUAGAUGUGGAAGAAGUGGAAGAAGUGAACGAAGGAUUCGCCAUCGUUGAUAAAUUAAUGGUUCAGGUGUUUACCGUAGGAACAACAGAGUGGAGAGAGAUAGAAGCUACGCCUCCACAAUUUAAGCAUGUAAUCGGACCACCUGAGGCUCUAGUUGAAGGAUCUCUCCAUUGGGUGCGUGUUGUUGAUAGGGGAGGACUCGGUCUUAUCUUUGGUAUUAUCUCCUUCGAGCUUGCAGAUGAGGUGUUUGAAGAAAUUCCGCACCCACCUUGUCAACAACUUGUGUCACGUGGCUACAGUCUUUCCGUGCUCAGUGGGUAUCUAUCGGCAGCUGGGUUAGUUGAUGCUGGGCAUUUUGAUAUCUGGAUGAUGAAGCAAUACCAUGUUGAGGAAUCUUGGGUAAAACAAUUCUCCUUUGAUCCCUAUUUUGCUGGUGGAUGGCCAAGCUAUUCAAAAAUAUUUCCCGAAGUUAUAUGCGCACUGAAGAAUGGUGAGAUUCUGUUGCAGUAUGAUGACAGUUCUCUGGUUUCUUUUGAUCCUGUGGAAAACAGAUUCAAGACUCUUCAAAUGAGUGGGUUACCCGAUGAGUUCCAGGCACUUCCUUUUCUACCUUCCCUUUUCGCGGCAAAAGCAACCAUGAAUUCGCAAGUUUAAGUUCUCUUUGCAAGACCCUACUACUAGCUUUUAGUUUGUGUUGAAUCUUUGAUCAUCAAUGCAUCAGUAACAUUGAAUGGUGAUUGAAGAUUUUGCUUCAAGCUGGGUGGGAAGAUUAGUAAGAGCUUUAUGUCCUGAAGCAAGGGAAGAUUGUGUUGGAGUGUAACGAGAAAGCUCUGGUUUCUUAUGAUCCUAGAACCAACAGGUUCAAGGCUCUAAAGAUCAACCGGCUCCCGUAGCAGUUCCAAGCUUUUGCUUUCCAGUAUACUCUGUUCUCAGUAAAGGAAACCUUUGAAAUAAUCUUCACAACCCUUCUUUAGUAUACGGAUAUAUAAUUUCGCCUGCUUUGGUCAGGCUUCUAUUGUUUCUAUAUUGAUUAAUUAAUCAUGUUUUGUAGU